GACGCGUGGUUGGGCCAUUGCAUCAGGCCCAGGAGGGGCAUAAAGGAGGGUCCUGCAUGCUGGGAGGAGGCCGACUUGGGGACCAUGGAGACUCAGAGGGCCAGCCUCGCCCUGGGGCGGUGGUCACUGUGGCUACUGCUGCUGGGACUAGUGGUGCCCUCGGCCAGCGCCCAGACCCUCAGCUACAACGAGGCCGUGAUUCGUGCUUUGGAUCGUCUCAACGAGUGGUCCUCAGAAGCUAAUCUCUACCGCCUCCUGGAGCUGGACCCACCUCCCAAGGCCGAUGAGAACCUGGACACCCCAAAGCCUGUGAGCUUCACGGUGAAGGAGACCGUGUGCCCCAGGACGACCCAGCAGCCCCCGGAGCAGUGUGACUUCAAGGAGAAUGGGCUGGUGAAAGAGUGUGUGGGGACAGUCACCCUGGCUCAGAUCAGGGACAACUUCGAUAUCACUUGCACUGUGCCCCAGAGUGUCAGGGGACUGAGAAGCCUCGGUAGGAAGAUACUAAGAGGUUGGAAGAAGUAUGGCCCGAUUAUCGUCCCAAUAAUCAGAUUAAUUGGGUGAAUUGUGAGCCCAGGGAAAAGACCUAAGGGUCUGCCUGCCCUGGUUCAGACUUCUAGACUCUGAGAAAUAAAUUCUUGUGAAAGCAACUUAC